GGUGAAGGAGAAGAGACGUCACCAUGGGGCGACGCUCCACCUCCUCCACCAAGAGUGGGAAGUUCAUGAACCCCACGGACCAAGCCAGGAAGGAAGCCAGGAAGCGGGAGUUGAAAAAGAACAAGAAGCAGAGGAUGAUGGUGCGGGCAGCGGUGCUGAAGAUGAAGGACCCGCGGCAGAUCAUCAAGGACAUGGAGAAGCUGGACGAGAUGGAGUUCAACCCGGUGCAGCAGCCCCUGCUCAACGAGAAGGUCCUGCGGGACAAGAGGAAGAAGCUACGGGAGACGUUCGAGCGCAUCGUCCACCUCUACGAGCGGGAGAACCCCGACACGUACAAGGACCUCCGCAAGCUGGAGCUGGACUACGAGACCAAGAGGGGCCAGCUCUCCCUCUACUUUGACUCCGUCAAGAACGCAGAGGCGGUGGAGGUGGACAGCAUCCCUCUGCCUGAGAUGCCCCACGCCCCCUCCAGCAUCCUCAUCCAGGACAUCCCGCUGCCCGGGGCCCAGCCCCCGUCCAUCCUGAAGAAGGGCACCGCUUUCGGUAAGGGGUCCGCCUCCACGGGGCCCAUGUCGGCGGCGGUGGCUGGGGUCCCCCGCCUGCCCCCGGGGAGGAAACCCCCGGGCCCCCCUCCCGGGCCCCCUCCCCCGCAGGUCCUGGCGCUGUACGGUAUCCCCGUCCGGCGGCCCCCCGGAACCGACACAGAGCCCAGCAUCCCGGGCCUGGACGCGGACCCCCUGAUGGAGCUGGGGCGCGAGGCGGACAGCGGCAGCGACAGCGACGUGGACGGGGAGGAGGGCGAGGAGGAGGACAGCGACUCGGAGGAGGACAGCGAGGGCGAGGGAGGCGAGGAGGGCGGGAGGGCGCCCGAGGACGAGAGGGGGCGGGAGGAGGAGAGGGAGAGACAAGCAGGGCGCAGCGUGCGUUUCGCAGACAUGCCCCCCGCCGCCCCCCGCGACAGUAAGAAGAAGAAGAAGAGGCUGGUGAAGAAGACGAAGGCCAUCACCCCGCUCCAGGCUAUGAUGCUCAGGAUGGCCGGUCAGUCGAUCCCCGACGACGAGGAGGACGAGGAGGUAGAGGAGGAGUACACGGACGAGUCGGACCACUCGGACACAGAGGACCGCCCCCCCGGGGAGCCCCGCCUCCUGCCCCACCAGAGACCCCCCCCGCCGCCGGGGGGCCCCAUGGCCGGGCAGCAGGCCCCGCCCCACCUCCAGGGCCCGCCCAUGACGGGCCCCCCGCCGCUGGGGCCGCCCCCCGCUCCGCCCAUGAGGCCCCCCGGCCCCCCCUCGGGCCCGCCCCCUGGCCCCCCACCUGGUGCCCCUCCCUUCCUGAGGCCCCCGGGGAUGCCCGGCCUGCGGGGCCCCAUGCCCCGUCUGCUGCCUCCGGGGCCUCCGCCCGGCCGGCCCCCAGGCCCUCCGCCGGGGCCCCCGCCGGGCCUGCCCCCCGGCCCCCCGCCCAGAGGACCCCCGCCCAGACUCCCCCCUCCUGGCCCCCCAGGCCUCCCCCCUCCUCCCCCGAGAUCCGGGGGCCCGCCGCGGCCGAUGGCCCCGCCCCUCUCCCUCUUCCCCCCGCCCCUCAACGCGCCUCCCGGCGCCCAGCGCGGCCAGAAGAACCCCGACGGCUCCCACAACGCCAUGCCCCCCCCAUCCAUGCCGCCGCCCUCCAUGAGGCCCGGCGUCAUGAUGCCGCCGCCCCCGCCCGGCACGGCGGGCUCCGCCCCCGGGCGCCACCACGCCCCCACCAUCGAGAAGCAGGCCAGCAUCACCUCGCUGGGCGGGGCCCCGACGGUGGGCGGGCCCCCGGGGGGCGGGGCCUCGGCGGGCGGGGCCACCAUCUCGGCCAAGCCCCAGAUCAUCAACCCCAAGGCGGAGGUGACGCGCUUCGUGCCCACGGCGCUGAGGGUCCGGCGGGACAACCGGGGGCCGGCCCCGGGGCCCCAGACGGAGCGGGCGGCGGGCCGGCGGGGGGAUGACGGGGCGGGCCACAAGCAGCAGAGCGCACACGCCCCCAGUCACCCCGCCCAGCCGGUGGCCCCGCCCAACAUGAAGACCAAGGACCAGAUGUACGAGGCCUUCAUGAGGGAGAUGGAGGGCCUGCUGUGAGGCUAGCGCCGCGCUAGGGCCGGCGCUGCGUUGGCUAUGUUAGCGCGGCUAGCUUAGCGUGGUUAGCUUUCGUUGGCUAUGUUAGCGCGGCUAGCUUGGCGUGGUUAGCUUUCGUUGGCUAGAUUAGCCCCGGGCUAGGUUAGCUUUGUUGGUUUUGUGCACUAACCCCGACCCAUCCGUCAGAACGUUAAAUUCAACUCACAACUGUUAACCUGUUUUAUGUUUAUGUUCAUUUCUUUCCAACAGACAAGAGUGUUCUUCCUUCUGUUUUAUUGUUUGUGUGAUUUAUUUGGAUUUACCUUUAAACCAUUUUUCUAUGACAGUGAAAUUGUGAAUGUCUGAAAAACCGUAUGUGAUAUUCAAAGUUUUAGACAAGGUAGUGCAAAUGUCUGAACAAUUGUUUGAUCUACAAUUAAAUAAAUACUUUGAAAAUAUA